ACGCCACUAUAUCAAAGCUAGACUUUACUGACAAUGGACUAGGGCCUCCCCAGAUGUUAUGGCUUGCUCAAAUGCUGCACAAUAACACGACAAUAACUGAUAUGAAUUUGUCGGAAAACAGAGUCGGGACAGCGGGAACCCGUAUUCUGCGUUUAGUGCUGAAAGGCCAGUCACGUUUACACUCCUUAAACCUUGCAGGUAAUGCGAUCGGAGACAAAGGGGUCCGACUCAUUGUCAGCGGUCUGGAGAGAAACGUGUUUUUGAAAGAAUUAAACCUGUCACACAACGACGUCGGAGAGAGAGGAAUAUCUUAUUUAUGCCCAUUCAUCGCUAACAACGUCAGCCUUGAUGUCCUUGACCUUUCCUGGAACCACAUACGAUCACAAGGAGCUGUUAAGUUGGCCAAGGCAGUCAAGUUCAAUCAACAACUGCGCGUCCUGCGGGUGUCGAUGAAUGGGUUCCACGUGGAGGGUGCCCGUGCCCUGGGGGACGCUCUUGAGGAGAACACCACCCUGUGGGAGCUAGACGUCAGUGCUAAUAGGAUCACUAGGCUUGGGGCCCGGGCACUAGCUGAAGGCAUGGCUUACAACACGGAACUCAGGUGUCUGAAGGUCGGAUUUAAUCCUUUAACCCCUGAAGGAGCAGAGGCCAUCUUGGAAGCCGUGGGGGGAAGGGACAACAGCGAGGGAAUGGUUGUUGACUUUGAGGGCGUUUACGUUAGCCACAGUUUUGAAUCCGAAGCUACUGACCUCAUGAAGGACGACAAGGUCAAGGUUGUUUACCAUCUCGAACCAUCUCGUCGAGGAAGGUCAUGGGAUGUCUUAUCCAGCUACAUUCAAUCCCUGCUUCAUCUGAUUCGUGAGUUACAACUUGACGUCGCCAGUAUUUUCUCUGACGUCACAGAAGAUAACGUCAUCAUCUCAGCGAGUGACGUCAUUCAACGUUUGUUGAAAUCCCCGCAAAUACGAAACAAGAUAACCCAGGCGCUUUUGAACCAGUUCGUUCAUUCAAAUGGCAACAGGCGAUUCUUAAUAAGAGAUUGGGACAUGGCAAUACAGAGACUACAAGGGGGUGUAGACGUGCACAGUCCGUCAAAGUCCAUGACGUUGUUACCGUCCAUGACCUCUGGGUCACCUGAUUCUCGCCGCUCGGUACCAUCCUACUGGUGGAAGGGGAGUGGCACCAUUGACAACAGGUCCAGGGGUGGAACUCCAAGUGUAUCGGCAGAAGCGUGACCAGCAUCGGUGGAACAUUCACAUCAUGUGUGACCUCCUUCGCCCUUUCAGCAGGGCCGUUCCCAUGUAGCCUCCUGACAUUGGGUAUGAACAAAUGGUUGACAGAGAUGAGGUCUAUGCUAACGGCAGCAUCUGUACAGGAUGUAAUACACAAACUCAUGCUACAAAUUGUCAUUUGUCAACUCUGAACUUCCCCAUCAUGCCAAGCAACAUUCAGGCAGCUCCAGCCUUUUGUGUCUCCAUUUCACAACGCAAACGACUCGUGAAUUGUUUGAUCAUUACUUAGAAGUUGACGGAUGACAAAGUAGACACAAUUGAUUGAUAACAACUUCUUUAUUUUACUGUAAAGGCGACCUUUCGGUAUAGAUCCUUUGCUUGAUGACGGUAUAAGGAAACGUACAGAAACGUGGCCUUUACAGUAAAAUAGAGAAGUUGUUAUCAAUAAAUUGUGUCUACUUUGUCAUACGAACCCUGUUCAGAAGUUGUUUGAUCAAGGUUGAAACAUUCAACGCCUCAGUACAGUAAAGCUUUCAAAAUAUUUUAUGGUAGACAUAUGGAGAACGUUUCCAAAUUUGACGCCUCAGUAACACAAAUGAUGUUCGAUUUAAUUCCCUAUUUUAACUCGCGUACCUUGUGUUUGUGAUGGGCGCCAGCGGUGGGGCAGGAUAUGUUCACCUUCACGAAAACACCUGGUAUCAUCACUGUUUGAUACUGAUUCAUGAACACAUGCUCAUGAUAUUGUCGGAAUCGUACAAUGGAAUGGGAUUUUAACAGCGAUUUCUUAUGAAUAUGGAAAGGGUUUAGACAAAUAGAUUCAUAUAUUACGUGAACGUUAUUUUCGAUAUUGUAGUGUGCUUAAUUGUGCCUGACAAGUGUGUGUGUGAUCGAUAUGACGCUGUUUGUCAAACUUGUGUUUGCACUUUUGACCAGUUGUUUAUUUGAGGAUAUUUUAAAGUCCGUGUUACUUUCUAAAUUCUCCUUUAAAUGUAUACUACACACAUGUAUGCAAAUAAACGGUGAGUGCUGGAUUACUGUA